UAGCGCGCAGGUGUCUCGUCGGGGGCGGGGCCCGUGAGGCAGGCAGUGGAUAUCCGGUUCCGGGAGCAACGAACAGCCGCGGAGGCGACAGCUACCGUUUUGGAGGAGGCGGCAGCGGAGGAGGAAGAAGGGGAGUAGGGCAAGGCGGGAGGCGCAGGAGGGACUCUAACCAUGGAUCCACGGGCCUAGAACGGCGGAAGCUGCCGGCCUGGUGCCGAGCUGGCUGCUGCUAAUUCCUGUGGCUUCCAUGGCUGAGGACUGGCUGGACUGCCCAGCCUUGGGCCCUGGUUGGAAGCGCCGUGAGGUCUUUCGCAAGUCAGGGGCCACCUGCGGGCGCUCAGACACCUAUUACCAGAGCCCCACAGGAGACAGGAUCCGAAGCAAAGUUGAGCUGACCCGAUACCUGGGCCCUGAAUGUGACCUCACCCUUUUUGACUUCAAACAAGGCAUCUUGUGCUAUCCAGCCCCCAAGACACAUUCAUUGGCCGUCCCCAGCAAAAAGCAAAAGAAACCUUCAAAAUCAGCCAAGACAAAGAAACGCCAGGUUGGACCCCCAAAGGAUGAGGUCAGGAAGGAGGCCAGGAAGGAGGCUAGGAAGGAGGCUAGGAAGGAGGCCAGGAAGGAGGCUAGGAAGGAGGCCAGGAAGGAGGCCCCACAGGAUGAGACCAAGGCUGAUGCUAACACAGCCCCAGCUUCAGUUCCUGCGCCUGGAUGCUGUGAAAACUGUGGAAUCAGCUUCUCAGGGGAUGGUACUGGAAGGCGGCGACUCAAGACAUUGUGCAAGGACUGCCGAGCGCAGAGAAUUGCCUUCAACCGGGAACAGAGGAUGUUUAAGCGUGUAGGCUGUGGGGAGUGUGCAGCAUGCCAGGUAACUGAAGAUUGUGGGGCCUGCUCCACCUGCCUCCUACAGCUGCCCCAUGAUGUGGCCUCAGGGCUAUUCUGCAAGUGUGAGCGGAGACGCUGUCUCCGAAUUGUGGAAAGGGUGAGUCAGGCAGGUGGGGAGGGCCCAAGGCUCACCCCAGACCCAGGUCCUCAAGGCCUUGGCCCCAUGCAUCACGCCUCUGGCCCUCCCCACACACGCACACAGAGCCGAGGGUGUGGAGUAUGCCGGGGCUGUCAGACCCAAGAGGACUGUGGCCAUUGCCGCAUCUGCCUUCGUCCUCCCCGCCCUGGUCUCAGGCGUCAGUGGAAGUGUGUCCAGCGACGCUGCCUACGGCAGCUUGCUGACCGCCUUCGUCGCCGCCAUCAACGAUGUCAGCGACGCCCUCCCUUGGCUGUGGCUCCCCCCGCUGGUAAACGUGGCCGCCACAGGGGGAGCUGUGACUCCAAGAUGGCUGCCCGGCGGCGUUCCCGAGCCCAGCCACUGCCUCCACCUCCCCCAUUACAUCCCACAGAGGCCACAGAGCUGCCCAAAGCCCUGGCCCCCUCGCCACCUGCCGAGCUCAUCUAUUACUGUGUAGAGGAGGACGAUCUACAGCCCUACACGAACCGCCGGCAGAACCGCAAGUGCGGGGCCUGUGCAGCCUGCCUACGGUGGAUGGACUGUGGCCGCUGCGACUUCUGCUGCGACAAGCCCAAAUUCGGGGGCAGCAACCAGAAGCGCCAGAAGUGUCGUUGGCGCCAAUGCCUGCAGUUUGCCAUGAAGCGGCUGCUGCCAAGUGUCUGGUCAGAGUCAGAUGAUGGGGCAGGAUCGCCCCCACCUUGCCGUCGUCGAAAGAGGCCCAGCUCUGCCCGACGAUCCCAUCUGGGCCCCACUCUGAAGCACAGCUUGGCUACAUGCACAGGCAGACCAGGCCAUGCUCAUUCUCCAAUGAAGCAGGAAAUAGGUGGUGGCUUUGUGUUGCCUCCGCCUGGCACUGACCUUGUGUUUUUACGGGAGGGUGCAAGCAGUCCCGUGCAAGUGCCAGGCCCAGCUACGGCUUCCACAGAGGCCUUGUUGCAGGAGGCCCAGUGCUCUGGCCUGAGUUGGGUUGUAGCUUUACCCCAGGUGAAGCAAGAGAAGCCAGAUGCCCAGGAAGAGUGGACGCCAGGCACAGCUGUCCUGACUUCUCCCAUAUUGGUGUCUGGCUGCCCCAGCAAGGCAGUAGACCCGGGCCUGCCAUCUGUGAAGCAAGAGCCACCUGACCCCGAUGAGGAUAAGGCAGAGGAGAACAAGGAUGACUCUGCCUCCAAAUCAGCCCCAGAGGAGGAGGAGGAGGAGGAGGAGGAGGCAGGAGGGGCUGGCACACCCGUGAUCACGGAGAUUUUCAGCCUGGGUGGAACUCGCUUCCGGGACACAGCAAUCUGGUUGCCAAGUCUGCAGGGCAGGCAGUCGGGAAGGGAAGAUGGAUGUAAAGUGUGGGAGAUUGAGAACACAGCGGCGCCCACGAGCACGAGCUGGAACCCAAGAGGAUGGCCUGGAACCCAUGUCAGUCUCUCACCACCUCCAGCUUCGAUGAUGUGGGUGUCCUGUAGAAGAAGUUGGUGCCCUUCCUCACAGAGUUAAAUAUGCAUAUGGCCCAGGAAUUAGAGAAGCUGAAGGAAGAUCCUGGGGAAAGUAGAGCAGCUGUAGGCCUGGCUGCAGGCCUGACUGCUGCCCCACACCAAGGGGGUAAGCCAGCAGAUAAAUGACAACAUCCCUGAACUGCAACAGCAUCUGGUGCCCCUGCACCAACCUUCCACAUGUAAAAAGAGUAUGCUGCUGCUUCACUUCUGCCCUUCACUUAUUAGGCAAAAUGUCUCUUGUGGCCCAUCUUAACUGGAAGCAUACAGGGAAGGGAGUUCUGGGAAUCCUAGCCUAGCCAUGGUGACACAUUGCAAAGCCACCUUGCCAUGGAUCAGCUCCGAAGGGUCUCACUAACCUGAGGAUACUCAAUAAAACUACAUUGCUGAAAAUGCAAAGCUGAAGACCAUGGCUUCCAUAGUGAUUCCAGCAAGUACAGAAAUUCUGUCAAGCUCACCUGGAAAAGACUUGCUAUUUUAGGUCUGCCUAUUUUUGUGUCAUUUAUUCAAGUCUUGAAAACGUGGCUCAUGGUGGGCACUUAAUACCAGGAUGCAGAAAUGAAAAAGAUGGUCCAUGCAAUUUUAUUAAAUGAAUCAGUAUGUAUUACAAAUGAAUAGAUUUCCAACUUUAUCGUGGAAUUUAAUGUUAAAAAAUAUAGAAUUCAGGAAACUAUUAAGAAGAUAAUCCUUGUGUGAACCUUGUUUGGGGCACAAUAGGAAUUGGAAAUACUUUAGUUUCUAUCUCUAAGCUGUUCUAUUUUAAAAUUAUUUUUAAAUGAUCCUUAUUGUUCCAUUUA